GUGUAAUUUGGAUAUACAAAGGAAAGCUCCAGUUUUGUUUUUUUUUUUUGUUUUCCUUCAUAUCUAUGGAUGUUGUUGUUCCUUGUGGUUAGUCUCUCUGGUCUUUGUCUUCUUCGUUCGUUUCACCGAAAUUUUAAGAAGAUUCACAUUUGAUCCAUGAAACAUGUUACAUGAAGAAUUAGCUUUCAUCAUCAAGAGUGUCUCCUUAAAAAACGAUCCUUUCGUUCUUGUUUGAUAAGAAAAUAAAGAGAAGAAUAACAUAUUAGGAAAAACUUUAGUUUCUUGAGAACUUGUUGAUAAGUGUGGAUGGGUGCCCCAAAGCAGAAGUGGACACCGGAAGAAGAAGCUGCCCUUAAAGCUGGUGUACUUAAACAUGGCACUGGAAAGUGGCGUACCAUUCUCUCUGAUCCUCAGUUUAGCUCUGUUCUUAAGUCUCGCUCUAAUGUCGAUCUCAAGGACAAGUGGAGAAAUAUAAGUGUGACUGCGUUAUGGGGUUCAAGGAAGAAGGCUAAACUUGCACUUAGAAGGAAUUUACCGGCUCCUAAACAAGAUGAUAACAACAACACUACACCUCUUAGCAUUGUCUCUUUGGCUAAUGGCCAAGAACGGACGAAUCCAACAUCGCCCGGAGGUUUUGGUGCUGGAUCGCCACAAACUCAUGCCUCAAAGAAAUCAAUUACAAGUUUGGACAGGAUUAUCUUGGAGGCAAUUACUAACUUGAAGGAAACACGCGGUUCCGACAGAACAUCGAUCUUUCUGUAUAUAGAGGAGAAUUUCAAGACUCCGCCGAAUAUGAAAAGAAACGUGGCAGUAAGAUUAAAGCACUUGUCAUCAAAUGGACCAUUAGUUAAGAUAAAGCACAGGUACAGGUUUUCUACUAAUUUUACUAGCGUUGGAGCAAGACAGAAGUCUCCUCAACUCUUGUUGGAAGGAAACAACAAAAAAGACUCACUAAGUCCCGAGGCAGACGGAGAGAUGUUUAUGAUAAAAGGCAUGACAUCUCAAGACGCUGCAGAAGCUGCUGCAAGAGCAGUUGCGGAAGCAGAGUUUGCAAUCACAGAGGCAGAAGAAGCAGCAAAAGAUGCAGAAAGAGCAGAAGCCGAAGCUGAAGCUGCUCAGAUAUAUGCAAAGGCAGCCGUGAAAGCUUUGAAGUUGAGGAUCCGUAAUCAUACUUGGUAAAACAUUAAGGCAAGAGAAGGCAUCAUGGGAAAGUUCUAUAACUGAGCAAGCCCCUAUAUAUAUAUUAUUACCAAUCAGGCGGUAUCUCAUCACCUGCAGAGUUAAAAAGUUUUCAAAUACCUUUCUUGUCUUUUGUUUUUGGUUAGUAGCAGUGUAAAUCCGCAGUUUGAUCAUGUGUAUGUUCAUAACUCUGAGAUUCUGUAAAACCUGAGACUUUAUCUUUUUCUGUUUGUGGAUGAUCUACAAGCUGGUUUGAAGGAGAUGAAUAAGAAAGUAAAUUAAGAUU